AUGGAGAGGGCACCCUUGGAGAUCCGAGCGGUCGUGAAGGCCUAUGUUUCAAAAGUCGCCCCCAGUGCGUCGGCCUUCGAUUUUUUGAUACUGGUGCCGCGGAACUUUCAGGACAAGCUGGCCAAUGUGCUCGCCCCCGAGGCAGGCCAUGGAGGCAUGAGCGUGGGCAGGAUCACCCAGAUGGUGGAUCAGCACGAGGCCGUGGUCAUCCCGCCCGUGUACAAGACGAAGGAGCAUGGGGAUUUGACGCGUGUGUUGGGCCAUCUCAGGGCCGCGCAUCCUGACACGUUCGUUUUCUUGGUGCAGUUGCCGCAUCGGUUCGGUACCAAGCUGACAAGGGCUACCUCCGUACAUUGA